AUGAGCACUCGCAUCUCCGAUGUUAUCAAACGGGAUCACCGUGAACUCGAAGCAUACUACAACACCAUCACCAGCUCCAACGACCCCGACGAGCAGACGCGGUUCCAGAACAAAUUCAGCUGGGAACUCGCGCGCCAUGCUGUAGGUGAGGAGCUGGUCGUCUACCCAGCCAUGGAGAAGUACCUCCGCGACGGCAAGGAAACCGCCGACAAGGACCGUCGUGAACACCAAGUGGUCAAAGACAAGCUGGAAAAGUUCCAGAACAUGCAUGCUACUGAGCCCGCGUUCCUCCCCACCAUCAAGUCCCUGAUGACGGACCUGUUCCAGCACAUCGAUGAAGAAGAGACCAUUGACUUUGUCAAGCUGGAGAGCGCAAUCACCCCCAAGGAGAGCGAUCGUCUAGCGAGAUCGUUUGGCCGCACGAAGAUGUUUGUUCCCACCCGGUCUCAUCCCAGCGCGCCCAACAAGCCUCCUUUUGAGACGGUGGUGGGAUUGUUGACGGCGCCUAUGGACCAUCUGGCGGAUCUCUUUCGUAAGUGGCCGGAGGAGAUUACUCCGAACCCGUCUACUGGGUAG